CCAGCACUGAGAAAAGGGCAGACCCUGAAUUUAGCGGCGCACGUGCCUUAUCGAUAACAAUCAUUCACGUCUCGAACUUUUUCCAACUCCAUUCAGCACAACAGAAAUGGCGGCGCAAAGAGGAGCAAACGUUGUCGAGAAGAAGAAGAGAUCAAAGAAGAGAAGGACGAGGACCGAAGUCUCAUCAUCGAGCGAAAGUGACAGCGAUGUCUCAAGCCCAAGGAGCCAAAAAGUGGCUAUGGUAGAAGAAGAGGCCAAGGAGCCUUCACCGGCACCAACACCCGCCAAGAAAGAGAAGAAAGAGAAGAAAGAGAAGAAGAAGAAGUCUCAAACUGCCAGUGCACCGGAUGCUCAGCCAGAUGGAGAUGUUGUCAUGAUGGAUGCGCCAGCUCCUGCACCGCAAACAAAAGCAGCGUCAAAGGUCAGCAAACAGGCGCAAGAGGACUUCAGCGCUAUCUAUCUACGCAAAGUCGCAGCCGAGUUCGCCGAUGAUCUUGACAAAGUGCGUGAAGCGCAAGACUUCAAGGCGAGUAGCGUGCCGAUGCUCAUUCAUGCGCUCAAGCAAGGCGAAAGUCUGUUCAGUGUAGAAGAGCGAAGAAGGGUCGCUGGGGCUGCAAACGCGUAGAGAAAGAGGCAAGCAUAGGCGGCGUUUGGUGUUUGACUUUUGGGAUUGAUUCGUAAGAAGAUUAUCUUAAUGGAAAUAUGUGUAAUCAUGUAGAGGCGCCUAAGUCCGGUCCUGUCCAUGCACCAAACGCCUUGCUAUGCCGAAUCUUGUGAAGACAUCUAAUACGCCUCAACUUCCAUGCCGCU